CACAUGCUCUUCCCCACACUGCUCUCUCCACGUAAUCAAUAUCACCCCAUAUGCUGACCUGAUCUUUCCCCAAUCAUCCUUAGGAUCACCUUUCUCCCGAAUCCCGCCGUCGUGCCGCCUACAAAAACUUUUCUUCCUAUUUCAAAUCUUCCCAUCAGUAAUACGGAUGUCUCACUAGCGAUCGAUAGUGGUCAUCCGCUCCGGGGCCCCGUCUGGGGUAUAUAAGCUUCCGAUAACCGCCCUCUGUCCCUCAUCCCCUCUUGCUCUUCAUCCACCACCAUGACUUCCUUCUCCUACGAAUUCAACACCCCCGUCUACAAGGGCAAGUCUUCCUUCCCUACUGGCCUUUUUAUCGGCGGCAAGUUCGUCGCUGGUUCGUCCGGAAAGACCAUCGAUGUUAUCAACCCUACCAACGGAAAGCUCAUCACCUCCGUUUCUGAGGGAACCGAGAAGGAUGUCGACCUCGCUGUCGAGGCUGCCCAAAGGGCCUUCGAGACCACUUGGGGUCUGAAAUCCUCUGGAACCCAGCGCUCCGAGCUUCUCUACAAGCUUGCUACUCUGAUGGAGAAGUACCAUGACGAGCUUGCUGCUUUGGAGGCUCUUGACAACGGCAAAACCUUCGGAUGGGCCAAGGGAACCGAUACCGCUGCUUCCAUCGGAACCCUCAAGUACUACGCUGGUUGGGCUGACAAGCUCUCUGGUCAAGUCAUCGAGACCGACGAGAACAAGCUCGCAUAUACCCGCCAUGAGCCUAUCGGUGUCGUCGGCCAAAUCAUCCCCUGGAACUUCCCUCUCCUCAUGUUUGCAUGGAAAAUCGGCCCUGCUCUCGCUACUGGCAACACCAUUAUCAUCAAGCCCUCCGAAUUCACUCCCCUGACCGCCAUCCGUAUGGGCUCCAUCAUCAACGAGGCCGGCUUCCCUCCUGGUGUCGUCAACAUUGUCACCGGUUACGGCCAGACCGUCGGUAACGCCAUCAGCUCCCACAUGCACAUCGAAAAGGUUGCCUUCACAGGCUCUACUCUUGUCGGCCGCAAAGUCAUGGAGGCUGCCGCCAAGACCAACUUGAAGAACGUCACCCUCGAGCUCGGUGGAAAGAGCCCUAACAUCAUCUUCAACGACGCCAACCUCGACCAGGCCGUCAACUGGGCUGCUCACGGCAUCUUCUGGAACCACGGACAGGCGUGCUGCGCGGGCUCCCGUAUCUUUGUCCAGUCCGGCAUCUAUGACGAAUUCUUGAAAAAGUUCACUGCCAAGACCCAGAGCAUCAAGGUCGGCGACCCCUUCGAGGUUGGCAUGGACCAGGGUCCCCAGGUUUCUAAAGUCCAGUAUGAUCGUAUCAUGAGCUACAUCGAAUCUGGCAAGCAACAGGGUGCCACCGUCCACUCUGGCGGAGCUCGCCAUGGAACGGAGGGUUACUUCAUCCAGCCUACCAUCUUCACCGACACCACACCCGACAUGAAGAUCGUUCAGGAAGAGAUCUUCGGUCCCGUCGGCGUCGUGAUCAAAUUUGAGGAUGAGGAGGAUGUUAUCCGACAAGCCAACGACACCGUGUACGGCCUCGCCGCUGCCGUCUUCUCGCAGGACAUCAACCGUGCUCUUGACACCGCACACAAGCUCAAGGCUGGAACUGCAUGGGUCAACUGCGCGAACCAGUUGCACUUUAACAUUCCUUUCGGUGGUUUCAAGCAGAGUGGUAUCGGACGGGAGUUGGGAGAGUACGCGCUCCACAACUACACAAACGUCAAGGCCGUGCACGUCAACUUGGGACACCGGAUGUGAAAAAUUCCCUGGCCCUGGCCCUCUUGGAUGAGAAGUUAAAUUUAUAUUGUACCAUGCGCAUGUAUUAUGAUCUUUAUAACAUUUUAAGUCACCGUCAAUGGAAUUUUUUUUCGUUAUAUCUUUCUUGGCGGGAUUCUUUUACUUGAGCAAGUGGAGU